AUGGCCGGGAGACCCAUCCGCAUAGGAGACCAGCUGGUUCUGGAGGAAGACUAUGAUGAGAACUACAUCCCCAGCGAGCAUGAAAUUCUUGAAUUUGCCAGAGAGAUUGGUAUUGAUCCCAUAAAGGAACCAGAGCUGAUGUGGCUGGCGCGGGAGGGCAUUGUGGCCCCAUUGCCUGUGGAGUGGAAACCAUGCCAGGACAUCACAGGUGACAUUUACUAUUUCAACUUUGCCAACGGCCAGUCCACGUGGGACCACCCCUGUGAUGAACACUAUCGGAACUUGGUGAUCCAAGAACGGGGCAAGCUGUCAACUCCUGGGGCCACUAAGAAGAAAGAAAAGAAAAAGAAAAAGGAAAAGAAAGACAAGAAGGAUAAGGAGACCUCCAAGAGUCCCCUGGCCGUGGGUGCCUCGUUAGCCCCCAUCCAUGUUCCUCUCGGGGGCCUGGCCCCGUUAAGGGGCCUGGUGGACGCCCCGCCCUCUGCUCUUCGUGGACCUCAGAGUGUGAGCCUGGGGAGCUCGGUGGAGUCCGGUCAGCUCGGAGAACACUUACUGCCGGCACAGGGUCUCAAGCCUUCUGCUUGUACAAAAGGUCUCCUGGGCUCCAUCCAUGAGGACAAGAAUGCUCUCAGCCUGUUGGCUUUAGGGCAGGAGACCAAUGAGGAGGAUGAGGCAGACAGUGACAACCAGAGUGUUCGCAGCUCAAGUGAGCUUCUUAGGAACCUGCACCUGGACAUCGGGGCGCUGGGGGGUGACUUUGAGUAUGAGGAGUCUCCAAGAGCAAGCCAGCCAGAGGAGAAGGACGUUUCUCUUGAUUCUGAUAUUGCUGGCCCCCUUACUUCUGGCAAGCCCUUCAGCCAAGGUGCAGACAGCAGCCUGAGCAGUGCUGAUGGCGAAGAGCAACAGCAAAGAGAGGCAAGUUGGUUCCCAGAAAAAGGAAAGAAUGAGAAGAAUGAUCCUGGGACAUCCAGAAGUGUGGUGGACACUGGAGGUGAUCAGCCUGCCAACGCCACUAAAAAAGAGGCACCAGAGGACCUAGUGGAUGCAGGAGAGGAGGGUUCCAGGAAGGAAGAGGCAGCUGAGGAGCCAAAGAAGGAGGCCUCUGUCCCGAAAGAGAGCAGAUCAGAGGCCAGUGAAGAGUUGGAGAUCAGUGAACACGUGAAGCAGCUACAGCUCUCAGACUCCGCUGCUUCUGACCCCAAGUCUUUCCUUGGCUUGGACUUCGGUUUCCGCAGCCAGAUCUCAGAGCGCCUGCUGGAUGUGGAUGUGCACUCCUCUGUCCUGGGUGGCGCCCGCUGGGAGGCCCAGAGGUUUGGAAUAGAAGACAAGGAUGCCAGCCAGUCCAGCCAAGAGGAGCUGCAGAGCAAGCAGUCUGGAGGCUCAGAGAGGUUAUCUCCCCCUCUUCUGCGUGAGGAGCGGCUCCAGAGUCUCCUUCACAGCCAGGCCACCGACGAAGGGCCUCCGCAGGCCCCAGAGGGGCAGCCUGAGCGGAAGGAGGCAGCAGAGCCUGAUGUGGGCUCUCUGGGCAGCCCCCCACCCUCUGUUUCCCUGCAUAGGGAGGCGCUCCCAAGCCUACCUGCCACCCACGAGAGGGGCGAGGAACGGCAGCCCCAGGCCGAGGGGCCGGGCCCUGGGCAGGAAGAGCCCGAGGAGAAGGUGGCGGUCAGCCCCACCCCGCCAGGCUCUCCAGAGGUGCGAUCUGCAGAGCCUGUGGCUCCCCGGGAGCAGCUCUCAGAGGCCGCGCUGGAGGCUACGGAAGAGGCGGUGGCCCGAGAGCUCGAGCACGAGCAUACACGGCUCCUGGAGUCCAAGCGAGAGAAGAUGCAGCGGCUUCGGGAGAAGCUGUGGCGGGAGGAGGAGGCGGAGGCCCUGCAGCUUCACCAGCAGAAAGAGAGGGCGCUCAGUUCCCUGAAGGAGCAGCUGCAGAGAGCCACCGAGGAGGAGGAGACCCAGAUGAGAGAGCAGGAGAGCCAGAGGCUGUCCCGGCUCCGCGCCCAUGUGCAGUCCAGCUCGGAGGCUGAUGAGGACCAAAUCAGGGCCGAGCAAGAGGCUUCCCUGCAGAGGCUGCGAGAAGAGCUGGAGUCUCUGCAGAAGGCCGAGAGGGCCAGCUUGGAAGAGAGGAGCAGGCAGAUGCUGGAGCAGCUCAGGGAAGAGAUGGAUGCUUCGGAGAAGAGAGAGCAGGCUGCCCUGAACGUGGAGAAGGAGAGGGCCUUGGAGCAGCUGAGGGAGCAGCUGGAAGGGGAGAGGAAAGAAGCGGUGGCAGCGCUGGAGAGGGAGCACAGAGAGGAGCUGGAGCGGCUCUCCUCCUCGCUGGAGGCCAAGCACCGGGAGGUACUCUCCAGCCUCCAGAAGAAGAUGGAGGAAGCUCACCAGAGAGAGGAGGCCCAGCUGCAGGAGAGCCUUGGGUGGGCGGAGCAGCGAGCCCAUCGCAAAGCGUACCAGGUGCUGGAGUACGAGCAGGAGCUCAGCGGCCUCCUGAGAGAGAAGCGCCAGGAGGUGGAGCGGGAGCACGAGCGGAAGAUGGACAGGAUGAAGGAGGAGCACCAGCAGGUGGUGGCUGAGGCCAGGCAGCAGUAUGAGGCCGAGGAGAGGAAGCAGCGGGCUGAGCUCCUGCGGCACCUGACGGGAGAGCUGGAGCGCCUGCGCAGGGCCCAUGAGCGAGAGCUGGAGUCGGCGAGGCAGGAGCAGGACCGGCAGCUGGAGGACCUGCGGUGGCGGCACCGGGAGCAGGAAAAGAAGCUCCAAGAUUUAGAGGCGGAACUUGAAACCAGAACCAAGGAUGUCAAGGCCCGAUUGGCUCAGCUGGAUGUCCAGGAGGAGGUGGCCCGGAAAGAGAAGCAACAGCUCCUCGACGUGCAGAGGCAGGUCGCGCUGGAGAGCGAGGAAGCCACAGCCACCCAUCAGCACCUGGAGGAGGCCAAGAAGGAGCACACCCACCUGCUGGAGUCAAACCGGAAGCUCCGAAGAAUCUUCGAGGAGCUUCAGGCCCGCAAGCUGGAGCUGGAGUCCCAGGUGGAGCUGCUGCAGGCCCAGAGUCAGAGGCUGCAGAAGCAUGUCAGUGACCUGGAGGUCAAAGUUCAGAAGCAGCAGGACUUGUUGAAAGAGCUGGAGGUAAAGGACAGUAAUGCUUCCCCACAUUUGGAGCCCGAUCUGCACCUCGAGGACCUGAGGAGAUCCCCCUGGACGGUGAGCUUCUCUUGGAAGGGUCAGGGAGUUCACAGAGCGUGUGUCCCCACUCUACCCCCUGCCCUGUCCUCCUGCAGUGCUCGGCACUACGUCUCUGCUGAGGGGGUGGCUCUCCGCAACGCCAAAGACUUCCUGGUGCGACAGUCGCGCUCCAUGCGGAGGCGGCAGACAGCUCUGAAGGCCGCCCAGCAGCACUGGCGCCAGGAGGUGGCCAAAGACCUACCAGGCACCACGGCCCUGGAGGACGUGUGCAAGGACCUGGAGGAGGAGACCAGGCACCUGGAUGAGAUGAAGUUGGCCAUGCGGAAAGGCCAUGACCUGCUGAAGGAGGAGGAAGAGAAGCUGCAUCAGCUGGAGUCCUCUCUCCGGGAAGAGGCUUCAGAUGAGGACACUUUGAGAGGACCCCCCCUGAAGAAGGUGGUGACCUUUGACCUCAGCGACCUGGAAGAUGGGAGUAGUGACAGUUCCGACUCCUGUCCCCUGCCUCGCCGCAACCUGACCCCGAGCCCCACCGUCCCCAACAAGAUCCACUAUCUGAGCAGCUCCCUGCAGAGUAUCAGCAGCCAGCUCAAUGGGGUGCUCGGCGUCCUGGGCAGCCUCAACACCCAGCCGCCACCGCUCUUCACCUCCAUGCCCGUGCUGCCCCCCACCCAGGCCUCCAGGAGCACCCCAGCUCCCUCCCACCCCUCCCAGGCCCGGGGCUCAGCCUCGUCCCUGGCUCAGUCCACGUCUGCCCCGUGGACCUGGGACCCGGGGCUGGGCCCCAGGCUCUCUUCCUCUGUGGCUCAGACCGUGGACGACUUCCUGGUGGAAAAGUGGCGCAAGUACUUUCCAACUGGCAUCCCGUUCCUGAGCAGUGGCCCUGCCCCCUUGGAAAACAGGCUGGGCUAUGUGUCUGCCAGUGAGCAGCUCCGCCUCCUGCAGCGUCCCUAUUCCCGAGUCCCCGAGGUGGGCAUCUCCAACUUGCAGGACACGACCGCGGCUAACCAAAAGUGGCUAGAGCAUUACAAGAACGACCCCAAGUUACCUCUCUUCUCCUCGGUGCCCAAGCCAGCGGCUGGUUCCAGCCUCCUGCAGCUGGACCUGGAUGAGAGCAACAGACUGAAGAUCUAUCACUACUGA